AUGGGGUUCCCAGUCGCGGCGUUGCCGUCCACGCCGGCGAAGCGCAACAGCGAUGUCGAGGUUGAAAGCGUGAUCCGCAAGCUAAACGAUGACUACGGGCUUGGCAUUGAAGUACCCGACCUCAGCUUUUCGCCUGCUCGGCGAAAGGAACUCGCUGAGCAGAACGAGGAGUAUGCACGAUGGUAUCGGAUUUGGCGUGGCAUACACUUUCUCUAUCACCAACGCGACGACAGCCUGCAAUUGGCGCUCGAGAGCUUCUUCAACGAGGCAAAAGCUGCCAGUCUCCGCUGGGUGCCCAAGCCUCGUGCGGAUCCCAACACGCUGCCGUCGUCGAGAGUGCCUCCCAAGGCGCGGACUCCGGGGCAGCAGUGGAGUCUGCAGAGUAUUCUGAUCGAGGUUAUCGACAGCUUCAGGCCGCAAGCAACGUCGGUGCCAGCGCUGUUGCUUCCGCGACCCGGCGGCGGCCCUGCCACAAAUCCCCGGGUCGCGUAUGAGAGCGACUCAAGCAGUACGCUCCCGGACUCUCCGGCAUCUACCGCAUCAAAGCGGUCGUUCGGCGGCGACUCCGACCAAGACUUCAAGCGGAUGAGGAGCAGACACUACAUACACGCCCGCGACCCGUCUCCCUCCCCAACUGUUUUGACAUCGGCGCUUGACAAUGUCCCCUCUCGGCGCCGACUUGGCCAUCCGCCAGUGGGUUUGUCGCCAGAGCGACGCCAGCAAGAUGCUGUGAGUCGCAGUUCUACGGAUACGCCCGGUAGCAGCAGGGGUUCAAACCUCUUUAGUACGCGUAAUGGGCAGCAGUCGAAUUCAAUCACGACUAAUGGAGGGGGAAUGGGGCAGCAGAGUCGCUCGUCGAACAUAGUAGUUCCCAGGCCAGCGCUGCCCACUUCCCCCUCGUCUGGGUCAUUCACCACGGCUCGGGGCUCUGUUGUUUUGAAUCCGCCUGCCUUUCCUCAGCCUGCUCGGCAGUCCCGUGCAUCGCCGUCUUCCGAUGCUACAGUGGACAAGUCGCUGGAGCGACUGGUCUUUGACCGGACCAGUGAUAUCAGCAGCCCCCCGAUCAACACUGAACUUCAAGCGAGACUGCAGAAUAUCUGGCCCAAGUUCCCGCGGUGGCUCCAUGAUGCGCCUCUUGCCGUCGCCUGGGAGAUCACCCGCGUCUGCCUCCAUUGCAAUGUUGAUCUUGAGGAUAACCUGUUACAGUACAACGCGCAGUGGGCGACUUCAGACAUAUCUAGCAUCUGGCGGUCCCUGAGCCAGCUCGACGUCUUUCGGGGCAAGUCGUUCCCCGAGCGGCCCUCCGCCGAGGCCUUCGCAGCAGCCUUGACCGGGAGCUUUGAGUGCCGGGGACGAGCGGUAGUCCUGGCUGCCACACUGCAAUUUAACGAGAAUAAAACAGGCCCCCUGUUCUUGCUGAACAUGCAGCCACUGCACCUGGAAGACAGCUGCAGGCUGACCAGGCGAUUUGGCGCGGAUCGCUUCCUCGAAAUCCUCGUCUCGUCGCCGACCGCAGCUGCCGUUGUGAAGGCUGUGAAGGACGAGGGAGUGGACCAAGUUAUCCGAUGGCUGAGCCAGACACGGCAUUCCCUGGUUGGACGGCAGUGGCAGGCAUACUACACCAAGGACGCAGGGUACAGGAAACCAGCAAAGGAUGUCCGCCUUGGACCAGACGCCAAACCCGUCUGCAUGGAGAGGGUGCACUUCUUCGCCGAGAGCGGGCACAACUUCCGACGUGCGCCCCUGCGACGGGGAUCCGAGUUGCCGCUGGAGACCGCAUCCCAGCGGCGGACCGAGAUCCGGGUGAGCGAGAUGCUCGACUGGCUGCUGCAGUUGGAGCGGAACGAGGCCCAGCCUCACCUCAAGCUCUUCUCGCGCAUCCAGCUGGGCUUGAGCAAGACCACCCCGACCGUGACGUUUGAGCCGCAUCAGAUCCGCCACCAUGACAAAGACAUCCUCUCGCCCAUCGGGAAGGAGAUGAACGACGGUAUCGGGCGCAUGUCCCGCAGUGUCGCGAGGAAGAUCCGAGAUGCGCUCGGCCUGAUCGACAUCCCAUCCGCCAUCCAGGGCCGCAUGGGCUCUGCGAAGGGGAUGUGGUUGAUGGACGUAGCCGACACGGGUGACGAGGACUGGAUAGAGACGUACCCAUCCCAGCGGAAGUGGAAGUGCGACUACGCCGACCCCUUCCACCGGACGCUUGAUGUCCGUGAAUACUCCAAGCAACUCGUGCCGGCGGGCCUCAAUCUCCAGUUCCUACCCGUUCUGGAAGAUAGGGCGCGGGACAAGAAACAGAUGAGGCAGGCGAUCGCUGAUCGCCUGAUGAACGAUCUGGAACAGCAGUUCGAAAGCCAGAAAACGGCUUUGAUGCAGCCCCUCUUGUUCCGGCAGUGGGUCAACGAGAACUCCAAUAACCGGGGUCCGCGCGUGAGCCAUGGCCAAGUGCCCUUCCUAGGCGGCUUGCCGGAAAGUCAGGAAGAGAUCCUUAGCUUUCUAUUGAACAGCGGGUUCGACAGGAGACAGAAGUACGUGCAGGACCUGGCCUGGAAGCUGCAGCUGCAGCGGUGCGAGACCCUCCGCACCAAGCUGAACAUCAAAGUCGGCCGGUCGGCCUACAUUCUCAUGGUGGUCGACUUCUGGGACGUGUUGGAGGAGGGCGAGGUGCAUCUCGGCUUCUCGUCCAACUUCCGAGACAUGGCGACCGGGGAGUCAUUCACGCUGCUGGCGGACUGCGACGUUCUGGUCGCCCGCUCGCCCGCGCACUUCCCCAGCGACGUGCAGAAGGUCAGGGCCGUGUUCAAGUCGGAGCUGCAUGCCCUCAAGGACGUGAUUGUCUUCUCGGCCAAGGGCGAUGUUCCGCUUGCGGACAAGCUGUCUGGAGGUGACUACGACGGAGACAAGGCCUGGGUGUGUUGGGAUCCGAGCAUUGUCGAGAACUUCGUCAAUACCGACGUGCCGCCGGCGCCCGAUGCGGUCCUCGAUCUAUACCUCGGCAAGGACAAGACGACGUUUGGGGACCUGGUCCACCACACCGGGCAGACCGGCCAUCAGGGUCGCCACGCUGCUGUGUACGACAUGGUCAAUAAGAGCUUCCAGUUCGCCAUGCAGCGCGACUUCCUGGGCAUCUGCACCAACUACAAGGAGCGGCUCUGUUACCACCGCAACAACGUCAACGACGACGCCGCCCUGCUUCUCAGCAGUCUCGUGGGGAAGCUGGUCGACGCGUCCAAGCAGGGCAUCAUCUUCAACGCCGCCAACUGGGAGCAGAUGCGGCGCGAGCAGUUCGGCGGGCAGAUGUGGUUCGACGAGCCAGCAUACAAGUGCGAGUACUGGGACGGGCGUGGUCAGCCCCAACACAUCAUUGACCAUCUAAAGUUUACCGUCGCAAAGCCCACGAUUGACGACCAACUAGAGUCUCUUCAUCUGGUGAUGAAAGCCAGCAGCCAGGCUUCAUCUAUCUCCCUUUCCGCCACCACCACCACCACCUCUUUCUCCUCCCAACCCAACAACGACGAGGACGCAGCGCACUACUGGGACCCCGACCUGGUCAUCUACUACGAAGAAUUCAAGAAACUCACCGGUCAAUCCCGCUCCUUCCGCGCCGUCCUAGACUCCCUACAAACCGCCAUAGGGCAAGUACAGCAGGACUGGACGAAGGCCAUGGCCAAGACCGGCAAGGCCGAGCCGACCUACCCGGAGAAAGUCCGACAGCUCUACGAGAAGUGGUGCGCCAUCGAGCCCCGCGCCGUCGGCCGCGCCGGCUCCAACAGGCUCGACGCUAAGUCCGCCGCCUUGCUGGAGCAGUCGUACCUCCCCGGCGCGGCGGCCGGCACCGGCUUCUGGGCGCUGCUCCGCGCGAGCACCGCCUUCAAGAUGUUGCACAAGCGCGCGUCCAAGUUUGUGUGGCAGAUGGCUGGGGCGCAGCUGGCGUUUAUCAAGGCGCAGAUGACUGCUGGUGGGGGAAAAGGGGGAAGCGAGGGCGUGCCGUUGCUCAUCACGCCGCUCAUGUAUGCGGGGCUGAUGCCCGAUGGCCGGUUCGUGAAGCAGUAUAUUGCGGGGUUGGAUGGGGAGGCGUCGUUUCAUGACUUUGACCCUAAUGAUGAGGGAGAGGGGCAGGGUGAUGGUGGUGGUGAUGAUGAUGAGUGA